AUGCAGCUAUUUCAAUUCUUAUUCGUUCUUCUAUGCUCGCUCACGCUUGUGCAAGAUUCUUCAGGACAAGAACAAAAUGUUUCGGCAAUGGGACAGCAACAAAAUAUUUCAGCGACAGAAGGCGAUGUGGUUCCUCAGUUUGGUUUGGGAAGCAUAUUUGGUGGAAUCGGUAAAGGUCUGGCGAGUAUCGGCGGUUGGGCGGUCGGUCAGAUAGGUAGUCAGCUAGGUCUUCAUUUUCUGGGAGGAUAACACUAACCACUGCAACACUACCAACAACCACGAUACUACUGAGCAAAUGUGAUUUCAUUCUGUUGAGCUAUAACAGAAAAAAUAAAACUUCUUGAGACGUGUAAA